AUUUCAAGCAUUUAAAGGUGUUAGAGUAAAAGUUAUUGGGGCUUACCAUACGCCCGUCUAUUGGCUUGCUAUCCCGGAGAGUCCGACGGGUGCACAUAACAUUCUCUGCAGCCCAUACAGGCAUAUACCGCUUAGGCUCACAUACAUUUCUCAGUUGUGUAACACAGCGAAUUAGCUUAACAUGUGCGGCAUAGAAUAAGAAUGCAGCGCUUUCAUUCCAUGCUUCGGGUUGCCCCUUUCAUUGUUUCCGAUAUGUGGAGGCUGCGGUGCGACGAAGUAUGGGUUUCCGUGGCUUUGCUAGCGCUUCUCCUGGCAAGAAUUGUGCCAUCCUUUCUGCUUACUGCAAAUUUCUAUGGACAGGCUGUGACCGACGCUGUCGCCUUCGUCGACCAGUGUGUUUCUCAAGCCGCGAAUGCCACCCGGCUUAUCGCGCCAUGGCUUCUCAACCCACGGCUGCUAGUCACCGCAACAGCUGUGUACCUUGCACUAGCACAUGCCACGAGGCGGUUCCGCAGAAAAGGACUUCCUGGGACCACAGCGACUGCUCCUACCACUGCUAAUAUUACUGCAGCCAGCCAUGUUAGCUUAGCUGAGGCCGCCGCGGGAGCACAGCGACGCGAAGUUCCCAAUGCUUCUUCCCCACAUCCCCUCGUUGACAUCGGCGCGACAAGCCACGCUAGUUUCCCCAAGCCCUGCUGUCAAGCGGGGCAUGAGGGGGCUAGCAACAUGGCGGCAACAGCAGCGGUGAGGUAUCAGCGGGCUACGGUGGCGCCCCUCCAGCCCAUGGGCAGCAAUUGGCACCCAACCGGCUCAGCGGUUGCCCAUUCCUCAGCAGCAGCUGCUGGCGCUGCUCUCCCGCCGCCGCUCCCUCCUCGCAGCGCGCAUCCGAACACCGCUGGGGCGCUGUCAGCCGCCGACCUGGCUGCUUGUCGUACGGCACUGCAGCGGGAGCCGUACCGCUCUCCUGUUGGCCGCUGCGCCGUGCGGUUCAAGAUCCCCUGGGCCGAGCCCGAGCAGCUCACCCCAGGCUACGAGGCGCGCAUCGCCGCAGUGGCCGCGCAGUACGGCCUGCGGGUGGCGGGGUCGUACGUGCGGGCGGGCUGCAUCGAGCUGGUGCUGGUGCUGGAGGCGGCGGCAGCGGGGGGGCGGCAGGGGCUGGGGGAGCAGCCCGCUGGGGGUUCCCCCCACCGCAGCACCACCACCGCCACCAGGGAGCAGGUGGGGUGGCUGGCUGACGUGGCCGCCCUGGAUGUGACAGCGGUGGUGGGGGCGCUGCAGCUGAGGCAUGCGGGGGGAGGAGGAGGCAGGAGCAGCCCGCUAGACGCCAUGCGGCUGAGCCAGGUCAGCACCUCCCUCCGCCUGCUCAACCCGGCUGCAGCGCCGCCCCAGCAGAACCCCACCUCCACCCCCACCACCCCCACCCCCACCUUGUCAGUCACCGCCUGCCCGCGGGUACUGCUGCUGCCGCCAGCCGGCAGCCCACCCCCGCCAGCUGCUGCCCACCCGACCUCUCCGCCCCCAGCCCUCCCCCCAAUUGCUGCCGGCUCCAACCUGGUUACCGGUGCGGACUCCCACACAGCCCCGGCCCUAGCCACGGUGCUGCUGCGCAUUCGCCGGGAGCGCUGCCCCACCUCCAUUACCUUCGCCACUUCCACCUCCACCUCGGCCUCCUCCCCCUGCACCAGUAGUAGCAGUAGGAGUGACGGGGGUGAGGUGGAGGUGCUGGUUCGCGCCCACAGCGCCUACCUGCCGGCGCGGCUGCGCGUGCUGCCGACUGGGGGUGGUGGAGCGGGCGGGGCCAGGGAGGCCAGGGCGGCGGCUGCGGUGGCGGAGGGGCAGAAGGGUGAGGGGCAGGAGGCGGCGGAGGGACAGACGGAUCUUGAUGAUGACGUGGAGGAGGUGUAUGCGUUGGAGCUGCUGGCGCUGCCGGAGAGGCCGGGGACGGUCAUGCUGGAUAUCACCUGGCGGGAAGUGCAAGCGGGUCAGGAACAGCAGCAGCAGGACCUGUUGCCCCCCGCCGUCCGCGCCUCGGAAGUGCGGCGGGAGUGCCGUGCCACCGCCACCACCCUGCCGCUGCUGGCCCUCCCCGGCGACAUGGAGGACAUGGCGGCUGAGCUGGAGGGGGCGGCGGCGGCCUGGCCGCCGGAUUCGUGCGACGAAUUGAAUGCGCUGCUGUACGACAUGGGCACAUGGGCCGCCACCAGCAUGCAGCAUCAGCAGCCGCAGCAGCACCGUCGCGACGGUUCGCCUUGCCUGGAGUUUUGGUCGGUUCUGGGUCCACAUUUGCUGAAGCAUGCGGAGGCUGCAGGCUGGGAGGCCACGGCGAGCCGCAUCCGCAGCGACCUCACACGACUGAGGGCGGUAGCUGCUGAGCAGCAGCAGCAGCAGCAGGUGCCACCUCAGCAGCUGAGUCGGGCUCGUACGACAUCGUCCUUCGCCUCGUUUGUGGGUGGCUGCCUUAGCAGCGGCAUGCUGAGCAUGUUGGGGAGCGCAUACCACGCUGCAUGCGGCGAUGCUGCGGUACGGCAGAACCACUCGGGGGUGUCCAGCGCGCAAAGGCGACCCAUGGGUCGUGCUGUCUGGCUGUCGGCGCUGCUGCGUGUGCUGGGCUGGGAGGUGGCGCCUCCUGCUGAGGCUGCUGCGUUCGAGGCGUUCUUGGGGGCGUGGAGUGUGGCUCAGGGGCACACAAUCCAAAUGGUGGAGUGCCUGGCGCUGCUCUGCCUGCUCUUCCGCACCUCCCGCGAGGGGCACCCGCCCCUGGGCGCUGCCAACGCAGUUGCGGUGGUGGGCUGCGGGGUGGGCACCCUGGCCACGUUGGCCUGGCUGGUGCUGCCGUACCGCGUGUGGGUACGGCUGGUGGGCGCCGCCAAGCUGCCGCGGUACGGCGGACACCUGGCGGCCAAGGCGCUGGUGGCGCUGGCGGGGCUGCCUGCGCCGCCGGGCAUUGCGGCGUACGGCAGCGGGGUGGGGGCGCUGCUGCUGGAGGGGUGCAUCCUGCCGGGGGCUUGUCUGAUGUCCCCCCGAGCCGCGGCGCUCAUCUCCGCCCUCAAGCUGCCCCUCAACGCGGCCAUGCUGGUGGCCACGGGGGCAGCAGCGGGGCCGGGCGCAGCAGUGCUGCUGGCGGCUCGUGUGGAGGCGCUGGCCCUGCUGACCACCCUGGCCUGCCACCUGUACAUGCGGCUGGGCUACCAGUGGCGGGCGGAGCAGCUGGCAGCAGGGGCGGGGGCGGCGGGGGGCGGGCAGGCGGGGGGCCGGCUGGAAUGUGGUGGAGCGGAGGGAGGAGGUGGCGUUGCGGGCGGCCGUGGAUGGAUGUGCGGGGAGGAGGUGAAGAGCGUCAAGGUGGAUUGAGAGGGGAGGGGACGGGUUUGAUGGUGCGAUGUUUUGAUGUGGGUUGGGUAGGGCUAGGAUGGGUCAUGGGUGGUUAAUGGUUACGUUGGGGCACGGGGCGAUGUGGCAGCUGCGCGAGGAUAUGGGGACAUGGGGGCCUGAAAGCCCCUGCACGGCUUCUGGAAGUGCGUGCGCUGACCCAUGGGUCGUGCUUUUCGUAACCUGCAACGGUGUGCAGGUUUGUGUUUUUUUUUAAUUCUCCCAUGUUUUCCAGUGAUUUCCGCCGUUAAGCAUGUGUUCCAGUGAUUUCCGCCGUUAAGUGUUUAUGGCACGCAAUGGAGGUUCGUUCUACUGCUUAUACGCCGCACAUGUGGGGCCAUGUCCCCCAUGUGGCAUCUCUGACAGGGUUACCGUACCCGCACGCCUCGACUGACGGUUGGCCCCGGGAGUGAUGGAUCGGUGCAUCGGGAAUGCACGAAAUGAGUGUUGCCGGACGCUCCCAUGAUUGCAUGGGAGGGGGGGAGGGGUGCCGGCCCCUGCCGGGGUCGCUUACAGAAGCCCGCGUACCGGUACCGGUGUUGGGUACUCUCUGGGGUCCCGGCUUCAUGCCCUGCCUGCAGUCUAGCUGAAGGCUAGGAGGUUCAGGAGUCCUGGAGACGGUGUUUUGCAGGACGUUGGAGUGCUGCCAGCUAGUCCACCGUGAAGUAGAGCGAUAGAUACUCGGGCGGCCCCUGCCAUUCUGUCCUUGUGUAGGGCUACCGGCACUCGCUCCUUCGCCUCAGGUGGGGGGGGGGCUCCUCCCACCCGCUUGUGGCCCCUGGAACCCACAUUGACACGCUGCAAGACGGCAUUAGAGGCCCGCCGUUGCCUCAAGCCGUAGGGAGCUUGCGCGCCUUUCGGGCACGGUUACGUAGUUCCUUGCGGCGAUGUAUGUACGGCAAAGCGCCUCCUCCGCCCAUCCAUCGGAGGCGUGCACAUAAUUAAGGUGCUGCCUAGAAAGUCCAUUGUUCUUGUGGAUAAGGAUUGGUUGGAAGGAAUACCCAAAGCCUGUUCAGGCGGACAAGGGUUCCAGAAGCUUAGUUCCAGCACCUUACCAUCUGACAGACCACGGAAGGUCUAGGUUGCUAAUCUAGUCUACCAUUUCUCAUACUAGCGAAGUUUCAUCCCCAUUCACCGGAAGUUAACAGCGACGUGGUGACGGCCUAACUGACGAGGAACUGAACGUUGGCGUCGAAGGAAGCACGCCACAAGCAGCAAUAGGACAGUUCUCACACAGGCAGCACUCUAUUUUCGCUAAUCGUUUUGAAAUAACCCGAUAAGUUGAGCCCCUUAAUUCAAGUCGACUAAACGCCGAAACGCCGAUGCCCGCUGAGUCUUCACGGGGCAUCGGCAUCCUUGCCUCACCCAGCAGCAAGAACUCUGAAGGCAGAGCAUCCAUUUUCGAAGGUGGAGAUGGUGCUGCUCUAAUGCACCUGCUCCACGCGGGCAUCACCUGCGCGGCUGUCCUCGCGCUCAAGGUGUAUCGCUCCACACGAGCGCGCGGCUCUUCAGCCAACAAAGCCGACAAGUCCCCCACCGCGGAGGAGCAGCUGGAGGCCGCUCGUGCGGAGCUGGCCGUCAAGGAGGAGCAGCUGCGGCAGCUGCAGGAGCAGGUGGCGAGCACGCGGUUCUCACAGGAGCAGUCGGAGGAGCUGUCGGAGCUGCGCUGCCGGCUGCGGGGGGCGCAGGAGGAGCUGCUGUCGGCGGGGCAGCGGUGCAGGGAGGCGUCGGAGAGGGUGGCGCGGACGGCUUGCGACCUGGCAGUCACGGAAACGGAGCUGCGGGCGCACAAGGCGCAGCUGCAGCGGGCGGGGCAGCAGCUGCAGGAAAUGCAGUCACGCCUGGAGGCCGCGGAGGGCGAGUUGGGUCUGACCCGCAGUCAGAACCUGAUGAUGCAGCGCGAGGUGGCGCUGCUGCGGCGGCAGCUGCGGGAGGCUGGGCAGCAGCUGGAGGGGCAUCUGGUGGAGCGGGCGGAGAGGGAGCAUGGGUACGAGUAUGAGUAAAGGAGGGGGUCAAAGGCCAUUCCAAACUAAAGGAGGUCACAGGAGGAGGGGGGAGAGUGGGGUCAAAUUAGACCAAACCAUGUGAAACCCUAAAGGGCAAAAUUAGGGAAUGAGGCGGCAGGGAGAGUGGGGAGGCGGGUCGAUAUGGGCUGAUAAGUAGGUAUGGCUUUGAGCUGAGAAGCAGGAUUGAGAGGAGGCACGCAAGCGCACGCCUGCCUCACAUCGUCUAGAGUACGGUAUGGGUGUUGUGCAAUCGCACUGUCAUUUGUUGUUAGUGCAGGUUGUAGGGUUGUUGCCGUUGGGUCGAUAGUAGUUAAUCAGUACUUGGUAAUAGUAAUACACACAAACGCACAGAUGCUGAUGCAGAUAGUAAUACACACAGAGAUGCUGUUUACUAGCAGCAGCGCGUGGUUUGCUUACUUACGGUUGUUGUCUCAUGUGCUUCGGGCUGUGUGCGCAAUCAUGCGCGGGUUUGCGCCCGCUGGAACUUGCGGCUGCUGAAGAGGUGGCUGCCAUUCACUGCUCAAGAAUCAGAGUGAGGCGGGCUCGGAGGCAGUACUGGCUGGGGUGUUGGUGUUCGUUCGUGUACCUAGCCAACUAUGCAGGGAAAGAGAUGGAAAGAUAUGAUGGACGGAUAUGAGCACUGGGUGGCAGUCCAAGCCUUACGAGGGGAUUGGUGGCACUGUUACUGCUGCUGUUGCUGGCAGGAUAGGUCUCAGGAUAGUACACGAGACGUUUGUUGUUUUUGUUGUUGUGUUGUGGUACAUGGUAUGCCUUUGUGUUGUGCCCCCUUUUCCCUUUGCUGUUGAUGCCCCAGCAUUUGGCUGUGUGUCAUGACCACACGACGUUGGAAGAUCUUGCUGCGGG